GCCAGCUGCUGGUUGUGGUGCCUAUGCCAGCCCUCAUCUUCCAGCCACUGCCCUCCCUCCAUGGCAGCCGUUCAGUCCUUCAGUUGUGAGCACUUAGCAGGCAGGAGCAGAUACCUGAGCGAAAGCAAUGGUCUGCCUACUGAACAUGUUGGUCACUUUUGCAAAAUAACCCAACAAGACAACACCCAAAAUAUCCCCAAACUCCCAAAGCUCUCUUCUAUGCUGGUUCUUAGGCUACUGAAAGCUAUUGGUUUUCAUCUAGUGGCAUGAGAUUGAAAUGCUGUCUAGAAUAAACUCCUCAUAUCUGGGCACAGUGUGUUACUGUGUGCCUUCACUUUAACAGUGUCCUGAAAGGACACUUUUUCUUUAGAGGUAUAAAUUGAGUAGAUAGAAGUACAGGUAAUCGGGUCCAUUUAAAUUUUAAGAAGGUUUUACCACUAGGAAGGAAAUGUGUAGUUUGAAAAUAAGGAACAGACAAGAAAUUAUUUCAAGUUUCACAGUUGACUUUGUGCUGGAACAGCUUGCUUUUUCCCAGGUGCUUAUCUGCUGUUGAUGGCUUUUGGCAUUAUGCAUAUGCAGGAAGGCAGAAUAUGCAGCUGGACAAGAGGGCUGCAUACAGAGAGAACAUUUUUGACCUUACAGCAGCUUCAGAUGUUGCAGUUCCUUCUUAUUUCUUCCCAUGUUCUUUGUUUCUUAUAUAGUUUCCUUGCUUAAGUUUAAGGGUUGGGACUCUUGGUUCAGUUUUUUGGAGGGUUUUUUGUUUGCUUUGCUUUGUUUUCUUUUAAAUUUAUUUUGUCAGUUUACACCACUUCUGAUAGCUUCUUAUCACCUGCUCUCUUCAAGGCAGACUGCAGGGCUGUCCCCCUUCUGUAGCAGCUGUGCUGGAGGACUGCUGAUGAGGAACAAAAUGGGAACUACUGAGCAGUCAUUUGAAGGGUGGCUAUUAAAAAGAAAAAAGCUAGCUAAUUAGAGCUUAAAGGAAGAGGCAACACUGUGCAAAAACACCAGAAGGUGGAAUCUGGAUAAGAGCUGUCAGGAGGGCUUUUUAGCCAGUUUGAGGCUGAGUGAUAGCAAUCUUGAACCACGGUUUUGGAGGAGUGGCAGCAAAAGGCCUGUUGUUAAUGCUGACUGCUGUACGGGACAAGUAGCACUCCCUGCGUCCUCAGCUGCCUGAAAAUCAAGCCAUAGAUACUGACCUUCAAUUCAAAUAAGGGAGGAAAAAUGCCAGCUUCUCUAAAAAAACUGCAGCAAAUGGCUGUUUUCAUGGGACUGUUCAGUGGCACGGGAUGUUUUGUGAUGUAUAAUCUUAUUCAAAAAAGUUUUGCCAGGACCCAGUAUUACCAGCAAGCUUUGGAGCAACUGAACAGCAAUCCUGAUGCCUUGGAAGCCCUGGGUGCCCCCCCUCUUAAGGUUCACAACAUCCGCCUGACAGAUGGGAGCAAUCGCGUGGACACAGAAAGAGCGCGGAUAAAGUUACCAGUCUCUGGAACAAAAUCAGCGGGCUACCUCUACAUUAACUCGGAGAUGGACCACUCCCGUCAGUGCUGGUGUCUUCAGGAUGUCACCUUGAAACUGCGGGAUGGUCAGAAUAUUUCCGUUUACCGCUCUCCUGUGGAAAGCACUGCUGUGCAAGAAGGGUAAAAAUCAAGGACAGCUGCAUCUCCACCUCCCAUUGAGCCAAAGGAGCCAUUAAUUGAUUGCAUCCUGCUGUGUCUGUAAAUGUACACAGUUGUCAUAAGUGACAGUUUCACUUAAGUGGGUGCUCUCAAGACAGUUUUUUCUCUAAGAUUGACCUCAUCAUUGUAAUUGUAAUUUCUUUCUUUUGCUAGUUUAUUCAUGGGUUUAACAGAAGCCUAAAAUAAAUAUCUUGCAAAAGA